GAGAAAACACAACGUUUCGUUUGUGAUGCCUUAUUCGGGAACGAGGGCUUCACAGCCAAAACAUUGUGUUUUCUCUUUUCUCUUUUCAUCAUGGAAUAAACCUAUUACUUGUUCCACCAUAGUAUAUCUAAGGUUAGAAAUAUUCUGUGCAAAACAGAUCAGAGGAAAUCCAUGAACAGAAAAUAGUUUGUGGCCUAUGCAAGGAGCAACUUUUGCUAAAUAUAAUUAACCUCCUUACGCCCUGCCAAAACUGAACCAGAAGUAAGAAUACUUACCGAAAAGCUCAAGGUAUUGUGCGGUUGCUUUUCUUUCUGAAGAAAGACCACCAGAUAUUUGAGCUCCACUGUGUAGCAAUGAGUGUCAAUAUCCCUGGUUUGGUGUCUGUGAUCAUAUUUUAUGUGGUGAUUCUGGCCACUGGCAUCUGGGCUUCAAGAAAGUCCAAGAGAGAAGAGAAGAAAUGCACAGGAAAUAAAAGCGAAGUCACCAUGGUUGGUGGCCGAAACUUGAAUGUUUGUGUUAGCAUUUUCACAAUGACCGCAACAUGGGUUGGAGGCGGCUUCAUCCUGGGGACAGCUGAGAUUGUCUAUCUCCCAUCACAGGGCCUGGCUUGGUCUGUUGGGCUGGUUGGAUACUCCCUGAGUUUGAUAGUGGGUGGAAUUUUCUUUACCAAACCAGUGAGAGGAAAGAAUUAUAUCACUAUAAUGGACCCAUUCCAACUAAAGUAUGGGAACAAACUGACAAGUAUACUCUUUAUUCCUGCAUUGCUGGCAGACAUAUUCUGGGUAGCCUGUGUUUUGGCUGCUUUAGGAGGAACAAUGAGUGUUAUAUUGGAUAUAUCAUCUUAUUACUCUGUCAUCAUCUCAGCUGGUGUAGCUAUAUUAUACACUCUACUAGGAGGCCUAUACUCUGUAGCAUACACUGAUGUAAUCCAGCUCAUCUUCAUGCUUUUUAGUCUGUGGCUUUGUGUCCCAUUUACUCUUCUGAGCCCAGCAUCUACUGACAUUGCAUACACAGCAGUGAAUGAACUCUACCAGUCUCCCUGGAUAGGGAAAAUUGAGCCGACAGAAUUGGGGAGAUGGCUGGAUGAUGUUUUGCUCGUGGUAAUGUCAGAUAGACAGAUGAAUCAUCCAUUCCAAGUGAUUAUAUACUCUAUUGGUACUUUGGGAGGAAUAUGUUAUCAAGCCUUUUAUCAAAGGAUCUUGGCAGUAGCUUCUACCACUCAGGCACAGGUCACAUGCUAUGUUGGAUCAAUCUUCUGCUUUGUCUUGGGAAUUCCUUCUGUGAUUAUUGGGGCUGUAGCAGCUUCAACAGACUGGAACCAGACCAGUUAUGGUUUGCCCACGCCAUAUGAGCGAGAACAAGCUGGUAUGAUUCUGCCCAUUACCCUGCAGCAUCUCUGUCCUUCCUACAUUUCCAUCGCAGGCAUUGGGGCUAUUGCUGCAGCAGUGAUGUCAUCCAUAGACUCGGCCUUGCUUUCCUCUGCCUCCCUGUUUGCACGAAACAUCUAUAAGAACAUCUUGAGAAAAAAAGCAUCUGAAAACGAAAUAAUGUGGGUGGUGAAGUUUUCAGUUCUUCUUUUUGGGUCAAUUGGAAUGAGUCUGGCAAUGACAACCAACUCUGUCUUUGUGUUUUGGCUGCUCAGCGGAGAUAUGAUGUAUACUGUGGUUUGUGCCCAGGUUCUCUGCGUUCUCUUUGUCCCUAAGUCAAAUGGUUAUGGUGCCUGCGUGGGAUUUGUGUUGGGACUGACACUGAGGUGCCUAGCUGGGGAACCCAUCAUGAACAUUGCCCCUGUAAUUCACUUCCCUGGCUGCAGGCUUGUGGAUGGCGUCUAUGUGCAGUAUUUCCCCUUUAAAACCGUCUCCAUGCUGAUCUCCUUUUUCAGCAUUGUGAUAGUUUCCCACCUGGCAUCCUUUCUGUUUAACAAAGGGCUCCUAAAGGAAAAGUGGGAUAUCUUUAAUGUCAAGGAAAAGAGCAGCAUCACUCUGAAAGAUGUGGCGCUGAAUGAAUUAACAGAAGAGAGCAUUCUUCACAAUUGUCAACAUUCUCCCAUCAUCUGUAAAGAAUGCUCUGCUUGAGUUAGAAUACACCGAUAAUGCACACUUCUUAAUGGAAGACAAAGAUAAUACAUCACGUUUAUGUCUACAUACAGUACAGUAGGUCACUACUAGUUCAUAAAAAAUGUUUUGAAGGUUCCAGCAUUUUGAUUGAAAAAUGUUGUAGCAGACCAUCUGUAGUAAGAAUAGUAGUUUCAGAUGAUCUGUCACAAGAGGUUCUUAAGGCCUCUAUUGUCUAUAUACAGUAUGUGUAAGUUUACAAGUGGUGCAUUUAUUGUAUAAUUAGUUAAUUGGUGAAGGGCUGAGAGCCACAUUUUCCAAAGGGGUUAGAGUUAGGGUUAAAGGGACUCAUAGUGGUAGGUGAUAUUGGGUUGUUGUUUUGUGGGUACAGAGGUCCUUUGUGAUUUUCAUGUGCUCAUGCCUCACCAGCCUACUGUUUACACAGAAGCCUGGCACAAAUAUCUAACACUUUAUAAUACUGAAAAUAAAAAGUACAGAAAUGA